UAGCCGUCAAUCCAAGCGAGCCGGACACGCGACGGGGAGAGAGGCGAGCGAGCGGCCCCGAAGCGAAGGGAACCCACCCGAGCCCAAGCCCAGGCUCAGGCCCAAGGGGCCAGUCGCCGGCGAUGCCCUUCCUCUCGACGCCGUCGUUCGACCUCUCCGCCGGCGCGGAGCCCACCCUCGGGCUGCGCCCCGCGCCUAUUCCUCCUCCCGCGCCGGCGGCGGCGCAUCAGCAGCAGCCGCAGGUGUCGGAGGCGGCGGCGCGGCGGCUGCGGGAGGCGGAGGAGCGGCUGCGCGAGGCCAUCGAUGAGCUGCACCGGCACCAGGGUGGCGAGGGGAAGGAGGGGGAGGAGGGUGGGGAUGGGGAGUGGGGGUGCGGGCACGAGGGGGAGUCGUGCGCGGCGCACGCGGCGGGGAACCUGUGCCAGAGCUUCCUACUCUCCUACGGCGUCCGCGUCGGCAUCGGCAUCCUCCUCCGCGCCUUCAAGCUCGCGCGCCGCAAGUCCUAUGCCUCGCUCCUCGACCUCAAGCAACUUGUUUCGGAGAAAGAUCUUAUAGUAAGGGAGGAAGCUUGCCGGGUAGGGCUACUGUUUGGAGGAUUUACCGGAUCAUACCAUGCACUUCGAUGUUUCCUGAGGAGAUUCCGGAAAAAAGAGACACCAUACAAUGCAAUAUUAGCAGGUUCGGUGGCAGGCUUGGCGAUACUAGCACUAGAUGAUUCAAGUAGGAGGCGCACUCUAUCUCUAUAUCUUCUAGCAAGGCUCUCUCAGUGUGCAUAUAACUCUGCAAAGUCUAAAAAUAAAUUUCACUUCUGGGGAAGCCAUUGGAGACAUGGAGAUGCCUUACUUUUUUCUCUGGCAUCUGCCCAGGUUAUGUAUGCCUUUGUUAUGAGGCCUGAAAGCAUACCUAAGUCGUACCAAGACUUCAUCCUUAAGACAGGACCAGUGGCGGAACCUGUUUACAAGGCUGUCAGAGAAUGCUGCAGAGGUGGUCCUUUGGAUCUCAUUGGCCUCUCAGCCUAUUUAGCAAACAAGAAGAAUUCGAAUUUGAUAAAUUUAACAAACAAUCCAUCCAUUAUUCCAUGUUCCGUGAUUCAUCCUGACAGAACAUCGUGCUUGGCUCAUAAUGUUAAUGUCGUUUCAUCAACAUUCAAGAAGACAUUCCCUCUGUAUUUCUCAUUGUCAUUUGUCCCCUUUGUUGUUCUACGUCUUCAAAAGUUCUUGGAAUCGCCAGCUGCAACUUGUUGGCGUGCUCUUGUGGGUGCAGUUCGCUCUACCACCUUUUUGUCUGCUUUUGUCACCCUGUUCCAGGCUGCCAUUUGUUUGCACCGUAAAGUUGCAAUCAAAGACCGUAAACUUGUGUACUGGUUUGCUGGUUUAGUGUCGGGUCUUUCGAUUCUUUUGGAAAAGAAAGUUAGAAGAGCUGAGCUAGCCCUCUAUGUACUUCCACGUGCUGGAGAUUCUCUGUGGCAUAUAUUGAUCAACCGCCACCUCCUCCCAAAUAUUAAAAAUGCUGAGGUGGCUCUUUUCUGCCUGUGCAUGGGAGGAAUCAUGUACUUUCUGGAGUAUGAGCCAGACACUAUGGCUCCAUUCCUCCGAGGCCUCAUCCGGCGCUUCCUGGCAAGCAAGAUCAGCAACCUGAGUCCGCCUCCCAAUCGCAAUGCCUCCUACUCAUACCUUCAGACGCUGAACGCACUGGAGCAAUCAAGAACCCAGCCAGGGCCAGAGAACAGCCUGACGACAUUGGAGAAGUACAACCUUGAAUCAAUCCCUGGACUUUAGACUUCAUGUUUAUGGUACUGGUAGUUUUAUCUUGAACCUUUGAAAAACCAGUAAAUCUGAGCAAAUCAACACCUGUAGCGUGUGCCAUCCUUUGAUGUGGAUGGUGUUAAAUUCAACCACAUGGGUUUCUGAUGC